AUGGCUGCUAAGAAACUAAGAAGAGCACAGUUGUCUCAGGAAAUGUGUGAAAGGCUGAGUCGCUAUCAGAUCACUACCUGUCAGGAGUUCUUAUGUCUUUCCCUCUUGGAGCUAAUGAAAGUGACGGGACAGAGCUACUAUGAGGUGCAGAAACUUCUUUGUAAAGUCAGCCGAGCUUGUGCUCCCAAAAUGCAGACGGCUUAUGAAAUGAAACUAAGGAAGUCUGGUAAUCCUUCUUCAGCCUUUUUAUCCACCACACUUCAUAGUUUGGAUAGGAUCCUGCAUGGUGGAGUGCCUUGUGGAUCCCUCACAGAGAUAACUAGCCCACCAGGUUGUGGAAAAACUCAAUUUUGUAUUAUGUUGAGUGUUCUGGCUACACUGCCUAUAAGCAUGGGAGGACUAGAUGGGGCUGUUAUAUACAUUGACACGGAGUCUGCAUUCAGUGCUGAAAGGUUGAUUGAGAUGGCAGCGAAGAGAUUCCCUGCUUAUUUUGACUCAGAUGAGAAGCUGCUCUGCAUGACCCGUAGCAUCCACCUGUACCGAGAGCUCACCUGUUGCAGUGUACUGAAGAGGAUUAUGUCUUUGGAAGAAGAAAUUAUUUCAAAGAAAGUUAAACUUAUAAUAAUUGACUCUGUUGCUUCAGUUGUCAGAAAGGAGUUUGAUACAAAACUCCAGGGCAAUCUAGCAGAGAGAAGUAACUUUUUGACAAGAGGAGCAUCAGUGCUGAAGUAUUUGGCAGAGGAGUUCUCAAUACCAGUUAUCUUGACGAAUCAGAUUACCACAUCUCUGAGCAGUGGCCCUGGGAUCCGGGCAGACCUGGUGUCUCCAGCUGAUGAUUUGUCCCUGUCUGAAGGAUCUUCUGUGAGUGGGAAGAAGGAUUCUGGUUGUGUGACAGCAGCCCUUGGCAACACGUGGAGUCACAGCGUCAACACUAGGCUCAUACUACAAUACCAUGACUUGCCAACAAGACAGCUCCUGGUUGCUAAAUCCCCUGUUGCUCCGUUCUCCUCUUUUUUCUACACCAUUGAGAAAUCAGGCUUGGUUCUUCAGGACCAAAAGGAUCAAACAAAUUUAGUUUGGGAAGGAACCAAUCCUGCCCUGCAGCCCAUACGAGUGAGAAGCAGUGCCUUGAAAGAUACUUCACAUGAUGCUGCUUCACCCAGCACUACUGGCGAGACUUCAAGAAAUACAUCAAAUCUAUAGAAAGGACAAAUGAAACCUCCCCAAAGACUGAAUGAAUGAUGACAUUGGUUUUCAAAAAUCUGGUGAAGCAGAGAGAGAACAUUCUUCGUAUUCUUCUUUUGUCUCUUCAAAGUCUAAUGUCAGAACCAAGUGCUGUUCUUUGUAUGUGUGGGGCCAUACUUAACUCUGAACUUAUGAAAAACCUGUCUUUAGGUUAAGUAACUUAAUAAUAAAAGCCUCUGAACAACAUACAUGGUGCUGAAGAAGCGUAGGCCACAUGUGCCUUCCUAAUUCACCUCAUCAGUUUGGAGGAACCAAUGGCCACAGGAGUGUCCACAGCCCAAAACACAGUGAAACAUUCACUUUUUAUUUUAAGAGAAUGAUAAGCCCACUCAGUGGUUUGAUAAUGAAGCAAUAGUACAGUAAGAACUUAUUCCUGUAACUCACUUGGAAAUCAUCAGAGAUGAUGUAAGAGUUACAAAUAUCUGGGCACUGUUCAGAAUGUUAGGAGAACAGGUAGCAAUCUAAACUGUGAGAAGAUCAACGUGUAUUACAGCUGCUCAGCUUUCUCUGCCUUCAAAGCACUUCUGAAGUAUUCACAACAUGACUGCAAAUCACAGAACUAUUUACUCACCUUAGAGACCUAGAGAAUGUAUGACCUGCUCAAAGCCUCUAAAAGCAUCACUGGCUGUGCUGUGAUCAGGAUCUGGUUGUUGCUGGCUCUCAACAGGAAAGCCAUGGGUUCAGUUAGUGCCGCUUCAUGGUCACCACUGGCCUGGUUCCGUCCUCUGCUGUCCCUGAGCACUCUCUUGCAAAGCAGAGAAACCUGUACAGAAAUAUGAGAGGUCUGGAGUACUGCCGAAGUGGCUGUAGGUAACCCAGCAAGGAAAUGAGCUGCAGUGAGGCCACCUCAGGCAGCCAGGCAGGCAGGUUGCCAUCUGCUGUUUGCUGUUGCUGUUUGGGGCUGAUGAGAAUGCUCCUGGGAGCACGUGGCCCCUACUAAAAAAUAUUGCACACCCUGAAGUGUAGCAGUGGCAGAGAUGUGGAAGCUGAUGUUUCAUCACUCCCAGCCACCAGACAGGAUGGCAUGGAGAGGGCAUCUCUGCAGCUAUCUGCUUGCACGCCUUUGGGCCUUGAACACAGCUUUGGGCUCUCCUUUAACAAGGAAGUUUCCAUCACAACAAGGAAGUUACUGCAUUUCAAUAAGCUACUUCUAAAAGUAAUAUAUUUCACCCUAGGGAAGAGCAAUUUUCCAGCUUCAGUGUUAUAAGUUUUGUGCUUUGAAGAGACCUUUGUAACAUGUAAUUUUAAUUUUGUUUUAGCUAAGAUUUGGAUUUUCUUCUUGACAGUGCUGCACUACCGGCCACUCAAACCCUGCUCAACUUGCUUGUAGCCAUUUUAUCUGAGUAUCUUGUAAAUAUUUGGUAGAACACUCAGACAGAGAAGUGUUUUUUGCUCUUACAGUCACAUGCCUGGUUCCAGGACCUUUAAGAAGUACAAAAGACUGAAGGCAGGGAAAAUUCCACUGAGCUGCAUUCAAGUCUCCAGGGAGCAACUACACUCUGUUUAGACUAAAAUUUCUCAUUGCUGUCUCUCCCUAUUUAAAAAAAAAGUAGAAGGAUUGAGAGGGGAAGCUGGAGGGUUUCAUUGUUAUAAACACCAGAAUGCAAGCACUAUUUUCACUUAUUUCUCUCAUACUGUGGAGCCAUUUGCAGUUAGAGAGGGAGAUAAGCUUUUCAGUGCUCUCUGGACUACCUGGGAAAUUUCCAUCAAGUUCUAAAAUGUUUUACAAAUAUUAGUGAAUUAAAGCUUAAUCCCCUUCUUCUCAUCCCCAUGAAGCUAUUACAGUAUAAAGACAGGGCUAGUGAGACCCAGGUAAUUGUGCUUUGCUGAAGUCACAGGGACAGCGUGGUAAGAGAACUUGGGUCUUUGAGCUUUUCCUCUUACACUACAAACAACACAUAUUCCCUCCCUUUCCAAGGCUUGCCAUAUUUCCCUUGCUAGGAUAUAGUGAAAACAUUCUGGCCUCACACCUUGAGACAACCUUGGAUUUUCCCCCUUGCUCACAACUGCUGUCCCAUGGAAUUAAGGUGUUGAAGAGAUCAAAGAGGAAUGUGAGAUGGGGAGAAAAAAAAAAAUCAAGUCACUACUCUGUCUGCCUUGGGUGUGUUCUGCCUCCACUGCUGCCAGUGGAGCUGGUGUUAUGUUGGGAGCGACCUCA